UAUUUAUUUUUUUUACAUUGUACAGCAUGAGUUACUUGUCAGGAAAUGGGAAAUUAACAUUUUCUUUCGAGGUUAUGUUCACUUAAUGACGCUAUAUGCAUCACUGUAAUCAAGAUCACGCGGGUUCAUUGGUGGUAAGUGUGUGUGUGUGUGUGUGUGUUUUUAUUUUAUUUUUUUAUUUUUUUUAUUUUUUUUGCUUUGCCCUAUACAAUGGUUACAUUAGUGAGAUACCGAAGACAACGCCUGCUUGGCUGGCUGAGGCACGCUGUUGAGGAUUUGAGGGGCUUUUGACGGCGGUGCCUCGAUGGGGUGCGAAAUGAGCUCACGGCUUUGCUCGGGAGAGCUGCCGAUAAGCGGACUUUUCUGAACCCCGACGCGACCUGACGGACACUCGCUUGGCCGCUUUUAUGCCGGAAAAGUCACGGGAGGAUCCACGAGUCGGUAGUGUGGGACUUUUGUAUUGUUUGCGCGCAGUUGCGCAGCGAUGACACGCGGGAUACAGACUUUAAAUGCACGCGACUGGAUCUCGUCAACGUCUGCAAGACAAUAACGGAGAAUGUGGCGUCCAGUGCGUAAAAGGGGACCGUCCUCGCCCUCCUCACGCCUGCAAUAAAGUGCGCUUGUUGUCCCGUGAGCACAGCGCCGUAGAUGCUCCACAGGCUCGUUCCUGUCUACUGUGACCAUGCGUGCACAUCUGGAGCGGACGCGCGCCGCAGAAAAAGGCUGUGGCGCGCCAGGCCGCAACGGUUACGCGCAAACACGUGUCGUCCCACUGAGCCGCGACCCGCGCCGCGCGUCGUCGUGGUGGGUGAGGCUCGCGCGGGCCCGUGCGUGGACUUGCGGCGGAGUGGGCCGCGCGGCGUGUGCGCUCGCGCUGGCCGUGCUGCUGAGGUGCGCUGCACACUGGAGCUGUGAGCCGUGCGCACUCCCGCAGCAGCAGUCGUGCGCUCGCCCUCAGUCGCUCGCGGGCUGCCUGGCGGAACUGCUGCUCGCUUGCUGGGCUGCGCUCUCGCCCUUCUUCAGCCUCCUGUGCGCCUUCUUCUGGCUCGGCGUCUACCUAAUCCGCUGCGGCGUGCUGCUCCGCACCGCCCUCUCGCUCCUCACCGUGUUCCACCUGGCCGAGGCGGCGGCGUGGAGCCUCCUGGGCGGCCCGCACGAAGUAGCGGCCGCGCUGGUGUUGGCGUGCGUGGCCGGCGGCGCACUGAUGGUAGCGCGCCCGGACCGGGGCACGUCGGUGGUCGCGGUCGUCAGCAUCGUGCGCGCCGUCUCCCUCUUCUCGCUGCACAAGGUUCGCUCGGCUUGGAGGCCGUACGUGGCGUACCUGCUGGGAGUCGUGGGCAUCCUGCUGGCGAGGUAUGCUGACAGACUCCUCGCCGGCCAAGGGACACUGGAGGAGGGCUGCACCCUCGUGACUGGAGCCAAGGAAGACGUCCCCGCAUUUAAAAGACGCAGGAGGUCCAGUUCGGUGAUAUCCACAGACAUGGCACACAGUCAGUCCAACAGCAAGUCACAUCGCAGGACCUCUCUGCCAUGCAUCCAGAGGGACCAGAUGCUAGCCCGCUCAGACUGGGAACACAAAAGAGGCUCCCGAGGAUCACAGUCAUCAGGCACCAGUGUCAUGGUGGACAUUGCAGUGAUGGGAGAAGCACAUGGACUGAUUACAGACCUGCUGGCUGACCCCUCUCUGCCCUCCAACACCUGCACCUCACUGCGGGCUGUCAGCAGCCUGCUCACCACCCAGCUCACCUUCCAGCCCUUGCACCGGCCACGCCCCUCUCCCCUGCUUAACCCCUCGGACGCCUACGUCUGCUCCGACUCCGAGGAGGGACCUGAGAAGGGAGAGAAGACGUCCAUCCAUAAGCGUCUGAGGCGGAGUCUCCACCCGGGUCUUCUGAGGAGGAUCUCCUCCACGUGGACCACCACCACCUCCGCCACAGGCCUGCCCACAAUCGAGCCAGGGCCUGUGCGGCGGGACCGCAGCGCCAGCAUCAAACCCUACCAUGAAACGCUCACGUGCAGUUGUGGAAGACCAUACAUCAGACUGAGCCACGGAGAGGGCUCCAUAGACAAGGGAGACAGGAUACCACGCCCAGCAGAGGAUCAAGUGGUUGUGUCAUCAGACUAUGACAGCACCCACGAAGCCAACCAUAGUGACAGCAGUGAUGUAGCACAAACAGAGGAGGACACAGAGGAAGGGAAAAACCCCUCCCAGAAUGUCAUUCUCCACCCGCUUUUACCUCCUGAGGACAAACCUAUUCUGGCCCCAGAGCCGCUAUUAAUGGAAGAUUUAGAGCCGAUGAUGAGUCAGCUAAACAAUUGGAACUUUCCCAUCUUCAGCUUGAUGGAGAAGACUAACGGUAAAUGUGGACGGAUCCUCAGUCAGGUCUCUUACAGGCUUUUUGAGGACACUGGGUUGUUUCGGACCUUCAAGAUUCCAAUCCAAGAAUUCAUGAACUACUUCCAUGCCCUUGAAAAUGGUUACAGAGACAUACCAUACCAUAAUAGGGUGCACGCCACGGAUGUGCUCCAUGCAGUCUGGUACCUCACCACACAGCCGGUUCCGGGUCUGCCCAGCCUCAUUGCUGAACACAGCUCUGCUAGUGACUCAGACUCCGACAGCGGAAUAACUCACAGUCAUAUGGGCUUCCUGGUGUCAAAGACAUACACUGUGUCAGAGGACGGUUAUGGCUGCUUGUCUGGCCUCAUACCGGCUCUGGAGCUUAUGGCCCUCUACGUGGCUGCUGCAAUGCACGACUACGACCACCCCGGGCGGACCAACGCGUUCCUCGUGGCUACCAGCGCCCCGCAGGCGGUGCUCUACAAUGACCGUUCGGUCCUGGAAAACCACCACGCUGCCUCGGCCUGGAACCUCCUGUUGUCCCGACCGGAGUUCAACUUCCUUGUCAACUUGGACCACAGGGAGUUCAAGCGAUUCCGUUUCUUGGUCAUUGAGGCCAUACUAGCCACGGAUUUGAAGAAGCACUUUGAUUUUCUUGCAGAGUUUAAUGCAAAGGUGGGUGAUGAUCCAUCUUCAGGCAUUGAUUGGUCCAAUGAGAAUGACAGGUUGCUGGUCUGCCAGAUGUGCAUAAAGCUGGCUGACAUCAAUGGGCCGCUUAAGUGUAAGGACCUGCACCUACAGUGGACAGAGGGCAUUGUCAAUGAGUUCUAUGAACAGGGUGAUGAAGAAUCCAGUCUGGGUCUCCCCAUCAGCCCCUUCAUGGACCGAGCCGCGCCACAGUUGGCCAAACUCCAGGAGUCAUUUAUCACGCAUAUCGUGGGACCCUUGUGCAAUUCUUAUGACUCGGCCUGCCUCAUGCCGGGGCGGUGGGUGGAGCCCAAGACGGGUGCAGAGGAGCCUGAAAGCACAGAGAAUGAAGAUGAGGAGGAAGAUACGGCAGAGGAAGACGCAUCCACUAGCUCAGAGUCGUCACAGAAAGCAGCCAAGAAAAGAAGGAAAGUGUUCUGUCAGAUCACCCAUCACCUGCUAGAGAACCACGAGAUGUGGAAGAAAGUUAUUGCGGAGGAGGCCCAGAAGCAGGGCCAAGGAGCAGAGUCGGUCCACGUGAACAGUGUAGCAGAGCCGAUUUUGGCUAUCCACGAGGAGGAAGAGGAGCCAGGCAGCAGAGAGGAGCUGGUUGAAGGGGAGGAUCCUGAGGAACCUGAGUGGCCUGCGUCGCCACAAGAAGUGGAGGAAGAUCCAGAGUGAACGCGACAUCCAGCAUCUGUCAGGAUUAGGACAAGUGUUUCUCGUUUUCUUAUACUAUUUACUGAAUCCUGUUUUUGCCAGCACAUCACUUUAGACACAACACUGUAGAUUGGGAAAUGUGUGCCUACAAAAUACAAAACAGGGUGGGAAAUUUUGUGCUUUACACAUUUUGUCUAAAUAUUUGAUUUCACCAAACAUUUAAAGGAGCUUUCCGUCUUGCAAUACGAGAUUAUGCAUGUACUUUGGAAUACAGACUCUUUUGUUACUGUCAAAGGAAGAGGCAGACUGGCUACACAGACCUCAACCACAGUGUGGUGACACAGGACUGAUGAAAUUUGCUGCCACUUUAUACAUCAUUAUUUUCUGAAUGCAAUUAUAUAGAGACGUCCCAAAUACUUGUGCUUCAAUUUCAGCUGGAGUUUUUGAGUGGGGGUCACAAAUGGGCCAUAAUAUAUUUAUGGCUUUUAAAAGAAGUAAAUUAAUUGAGGAACAUUGGUGGAACUGUCAUUCCUUUAACCUCAGCCAACAUGACUCACACACAAUAAAAUAUUUAUAAAUGUUAUACUUUGUUAUGUACUGUACAGCCAUUUAUGUUCAAGUGCUGAUACUUCAUCCUCAUCACAUCCCCUGUGCGUUUGUGUCCACGUGAAUGAUUCCUCAGCCUAAAACAUGGAUAAGGUUCACCUCUAUUUUGCUGUUACGCAAAGUAUGAAAAACAUGAAAAAGGGAUCUCUGCAAUGACGCAGCGGCAAUCUUUUAAUGGGCAGAUGCGUACGGUCACCCGAACAGAGAAUAAACGAAGUUCGACAUUCAAAAUGCAUUUGGAAUGUCUUAGUAAAGAACAGAGUCAUACAUCCAUGAGAAGCGAUAGGAAGACUCGAAAGGGAAUAUUACAUCAAUGAUCCGUCAAGUAAUGUAAUACCCUGCUUUUUUGUUUCCAUGAUUUCUAAAUGGCUCUGAAUUUUGUAUUCUCUGUGUGUAAUAAACUCCUCCAUAUGUGAA